UGGGUAUUUUUGGGUGGGUAUUUAGAUUGAAAAGGAGAAUAGAUAUUUUGUGAUAUUUGUUUGGCAUUUUUGGUUGGGGGGGGGGGGCAGAAGUUGUAGAGGAAGUAUUUCUGUUGCAGAAUAUGUGAUUGAAUUAUUGGGUAUUUUGGGGGUGACAAGAGAGAUCCAACAGCAUGGGGGUAUUUGCUUUGCUGAAAGUGAUAUUUUAAUGGUUUUUUGUUCAUUGAUACUUCCUAAUUCUGAACAACCAUGUCACAAGGCAAUGAAGUAGGGGAAUAUUUCAUCUUACACCCAAAGAAAUCAUCCUCUGCAAUAACAACAUAUCUCUUGAAAUGUCCGCCUAUAAACUGUUCAUACUCAUGUGAGCAGAAUGUUUACCACUACCACUGCAAAUUGUGUGAUUUUGCAGAUGCAAAUUGUAGCGUUUAGAGAAGAAAGACACAUUUGAAAAAGAAACAUAAGAUAUUAUUUGAAAAACUGCCAAGUGAAAGUGUAGCAAGAGACAAUCCCCAUAAAACAAGAUUUGUCAUCCCAUUUUCUCAUGAAUCACAACUGUCAACAACAGAAGCAGUUUAGACCAUCAAUAUCUUAACAACACCGGUGAAAGCCACAUAAAAACCAUGAAAUCUCAGAUUCCAUUGCGGUUAGCCCUUCUAGGCAGUCUGUCAUCAAGAAAAGCAAAGUAUCAACCUCACUCUCUUCAAAUGCUGGAAAUGUUCUAUUUAGCAAUCUGGCGGUCUCCCCUCUAUUCCAUAAAACAAGCUCUUCAGCAAAGUCUGAAGUAGCUUUAGCAAAGAAAAUAUACCAUCUUAUCAAGGGAGCACUGUUAUGCCACAUCUGGAAGGCAGUCUACAAUAAAUGCUUGUUUUUAGCCCAGUGUAGGACUACACAUAGACUAAAGCCCCUCCUCGGAAAGAGAUUUAGAGUUAGUGGUAACAAAAUUGAAGACUGUGAUGGUCUGCAAUUGCUGUGCAUGUUUAUCAGAGUUGACAAGGUUGAUAACUGCCAAAAACUUAAUGUCUGGCAUGCUCAUUGGAAACAAUGGUAUAAUUUCAAUUAUAGAUUAAGAUCAUGCUUAGGUAGGCAAAGCAAUAUCAUUUGGUGCCAUGCUUCAAGAAUGGAGACUUUUACAGCACCCGUGUCACCAGAAACUUUUAAAGGAAGUAAUCUUCUCCUAUUAUUUGAAAAAGGCCAGCCUGGUUAUCAAUCCUGCAAUUUUUUUAUUACAGAUCUCUUGUCAGCUUCAUGAAAACAUGCAAAUUCCUCCAUAAGAUACUGUAGUCUUUCCUUCUUGAGGAAACUAUUUGGCAAAAAUUUCCCUUGCAAGAUUUAUUUGUUAAAAGAGCUGUAACAGAAAUGUCAUACAAAAAAUCAUAUCUCACAAUUUGCAAACAAAAAAAUAACACAAACACAAUUUCCAAUUCCAAAAAAUGAAGAGAUUGAUGCCUUGAUUGAAAAUUUCAAGGCAAUGCAUCAUUUUUCUGUCUGUGAUAAUGGGGAAAUCGGAAAAUUAUUUGCUUCAUUUUGUUUUAAAAGGAAACCAAGUCCACUUGAAUCAUUGGUAUUUUUCACAGAAACUUGUUAAAGCAUAGUAAAUAGAAAAGGACUGGUACGGCAACAUAACAAAGGGGUAUUCAAAUCAGCAUUGUCCUCAAAUGAGAGUUUGAAACGCACCGUCACGUGACAUGAAAGUGCACAGAACAUCAUGGCGGAUACCAAGAAGCUAUAUCUGAUGGGAGAAAACUUCAAAGGUAGAGAAGUUUUUUUCUGAGUUUUACCUCCACAUUGUGAAACAUUCAUCAACCUUUUUUUCCAACAUUUUCCCCAAAGUUUUUGCAAGUAGUAUAGUUCAUCAACCUUUGUUUGCAAGUAGUAUGGCUGUCAAUAUUUUAAAUGUGUCAAGAAAGUAUAAUACUGAAGAAGUACCUGGUUUGCAGUACCUUGGGGGAUAUAUUUUCAGAAAUCUUCACAAGAAAAUAUCCAAUUAAGGUAAAUGGAAAACCAAGAAGGGGCAACAAAUACCAUCUGUCCUUGAAGCUGCAAAGCAAGAUAAGGUUCCAGAGUCUGAUAUACUUGUUACCUGCUUGAACCAAGGAGGGCUAUGAAGUAUUUCUAAUGCAGUAUAAAACAUGCUUAGAAAAGCAGAGUUUUAUUUCAAACACUGCACUGUGCAGUUAGGAGAAGACCAGGCACCACAAUUUAAACACAAGAAAUUUGUGGAAAUGUGUGUGCAGGACAUGGAAAUAUUUUCCAAUUUUCAAAAUGUCCUUGGUGAGUCUUCACUUCUUAUUGAUGCAGAGCUUGCUGAAGAAGUUUUACACUCAAUCCUGGAUCUUUAUGUUAGAGUGAGAUGCUACACCUACUGUAAAGGCAUUGUGGACAAAUACAAAUCUAAAGGAAAAUUGUCAAAGGCAAAGGGACUGCAAAAAGAAAUUAAAAAAUCUUCAAAUCAAGCAAAUCAAACUGUGAUGUCUCAGAACAAAUUAAGUAACUUUGACUAUGUCUUUUUAACUUGGUAUAUACUUUAUGCAAGUUUGUUUGAAAAAUUGCACAUCAGUUUUUACACAUUUAAUAUAAAUCUUUUUCUGGUCGAGACAUUAUUCAUCAUCCAAACAACAAUGGACAUAUCUAGAGUCCAUAAUAAAAAGUAAAAAAGCCAAUAACUUCAAACAUGGUACUGAGAAACCUCACUUUCAUUUGAUAGAAACAACUUUCAUUAUCUGUUGGGUAGAAGGCAUACAAUGAAAUUUUCAAAAAAUUAUUUGUUCCAAUUUCCCCUAAUUAUGGCCUUAUUAUUUCAGUUUUUUCACGGUUUAUAAUAUACCACAUAAACAAUAGGCUAAAGAUAAAUUUUUCAAAUUUUCUCUUUUGAAAUUUUUCAAAAAAGUUGUCCUAUCUGAUGUUAUUUUAACAUAUGUUACCGUAAAUUUAUCUGCACUAAUGUUAUCAAACUUAUCAAACAGGUCACAUUAGAUCGACUGGAAAAAUAUAUUAAAGGUUUUAUGUAAAUGUUAAUUUCCAACAACUGUUGUUCAAGCAUGAAUCAUUCAGUGUCUCUGCCAUUCUUUCUUUGUACUUGCUUCUUUGGCAGACAUUCACCCAUUUUUUGCCUGCUUUCACAGAAUUUGAGCCUUUUGCAUUUCCAAUACCAGGUCCUAUGUGGCUCUGGAUUCUUGUCUGGUUAUCAUUGUAGCCAAAUCCAACAAGAUCAGAGUUGUCACACCUCCUUCCUAAGUACCUCUGGCUUUAAAAAUAUUUUUCCCUUGGGUCUUGGCAAAACCUCUUCGAAAGGAUAUACUCCAUUCCUUCUUGCAACAUAAAUUUAAAUGCCUUCAAAAGACUUUCUUAAGAUGAACAUUUUAGCAUGAGCAUUGUCAGUAAAAGAGCCUACAGGCUCAUGAACAUUCUUUUCCCGUGCUUUUAAGUGGCCUAAAAAGUAAUUUUCAAGAAAAUUGAAUCUACAGUCGUUCAAAUCUCUAAAUGGGGCAAGAAAUGGUUUUUUUCAUCAAAUGCUCUUUCAUUCUCCUUACAUUGAGGCAGUCAAAGAAACUGUCAAACAUUUUGCAAAACUUUGCUAUUUCACAAGCAUCAGUUAGGCCCAAUUUUAUCAAAACAGCAGAAACUGUUGCAUUUAGAAUUUUCUGCUUCUAAAUUCACCCUCAUAACAUAGUAAGGCCAAGAUUAUACGUCAUAUUUCACAUGUGUCAAAUUCAAUUGUUACAUUUUGCACAUGUAAAAUAAGGUGUUUGACUUGAUCAAAUACGACUGUUUGAAUUAGAGUCAACUUCCAUAAUUAAAUUCGUCAGGCUCGGUAGAAUUAAAUUCGAAAAUACGACCAUGAUACAAUUUUGUGUCAAGCGCCGUAUUUCACAUGUGUCGAAUGAAAUGCAUAAAUCAUGGAUAAUUAAUUUUGCAUGAAAUUAGCUAUUGAGCAUGCGCAGCAGCAAAAAGCGCGCCAAGCAGAAGCAGAUUUGCACAAACAAACAAAAAAUGGCUGCAGCGCGCGUUGGGAGAAGCAAGUGCAGUGUUCAAAUGAGACAAAAUAUCGGUGUAUAUGAUGCGAUUGCCCAGUUUGCACUGUUUGUGGUGUAGCAGAGCCAGAUGAAGAGAAGGAAGGCUGGGUGGCUCAGAGAAAAGUAGGGUAUUGCGGAGAAUGUGACCUUUUUGGUGGGGCUGGAGAUCGAGACGUAGAAGAUAUGGAAGAAGAUGUUCAUGACUCUCCAUCAAUCUCUCCAAUAUCUGGCAAAAAUAUGAAAAUUAGGUAAGUAAUCGCUUUCUUAUCUUGUUUCUGCUCUUUAUUUUUUAGUGAUAUCUCACCUUUUUAGUGUAUUCUCACUCUUUUCCGUAUUAUGACAACAGACAACUGGUCUUUUUAGGCCCACUAUCACAUAUAUAACAACAUAGGCCUACCCACCCAUCAUAUUGUGAUGAUGAAUGGCUAAUGGGACUGAUUUAAGUUUUUGUGAUGCCAUUGUUAAUACUGGGAAAAUUUCCAUGCCAGCAACUUUGUUGGUGAUCAUGGCCAGUGUCAGUGUGACUGUAUAAACUUUUUACAUUAGGGGCAGUUCAAUAGUUAUGUCACGCUAGGGAGGUGGGUUGUCACAUAAUUUUGAUUUUCACUGCGCAAGCGCAAAACAGUACUCAGUGUUAAAUUAAAUACGACUUAUUCUCCAGUACACCAAAAUUGAGGUGUGGAUCUCCUAGAUCAACAAAGCCUAGGAGCACCUCUGAAACUUUUUCAUAUAUUAGGUUUGCUCUAAUUCUCAUUUCAUCUAAGACAAAGACAACAUACCACUGUACACCAAAAUACUUGUCAGUUAGCCCAACCAACUCCAAAAUCAUUCUUCAUUAAAACCACUUUUAGGUCUUAUCCAGUUUUUAUAGCCUCUUAGUGUUCUUUUGCAAGGCAACGUCAGUAUUCCUCCUUGCUUUCUUCCAAGAGCAUCCCUGACCUCUACAUAGGCAGCUGGGGAUUUACUAUGAAGAUACAAACAGAACCUGAUUAUCAUAGGAUGAUAUCUCUGCCCUCUUCUUGCAUAAGAAAAUAAUCUUUUCUGUUCCUGCCAAAGCAACUGCAUAAAGGGAGUCAUCUCGGUAUAGCCAUUAUCAAUAAUGGACAAGAAGUCAUUGUUCAUUUCAUUGUCAAUGGGAACCGAAUUUGCAGCUAAUUCAGAUUGAUCCUUUCAAUCUCACUUUCCAGCUUGCACAUAUUUCAACCUUUUCUUGGCACAACAUGGUUAACUGUAUGUUGGGAUGCUAUUUUAAUUGACAAAUCAGCACAUAUACCAUACCCAUCAAUAUCUGCAACUAAGUUUGACAGUGUGAUGUGCCUCAUUGAUCCAUGGUUAACAGUGUAUAAUGGGUGAUCUUCAGGUAGCAAUCACCCUUAAAUAUAUUAGCCAAGGCUAUCAUCAACACAUAAUUCGAAUUUUGGAAUAAAACAAUCUGGCUCUUGCUUCUGAAGAAUAAUCCUGUACAUAACCCUUUACAUUCUAAAUUCCAUCCUUCCAGUUUCAACCCUUUUAAUCUAGCAAGAUGCAAAACAUUUCUUGCGGGUGGUUUCCAAGUUGAUCCCUUUUAGCUCCCGUCUUGGCACUUUCUCUGUGGUAUGAGACUUUAUUGGCAUUGGUAAUAUAGGGAUUGACCUAGGCUUUAAUUUUCAUUCAUCUAAGUAGAAGAAAGAUUUUUAUGAAAGAUGUUAUUUGCACAUAUUUAAGGAAAAAUAUUAUUGAGGAGGUCCAUUGCACAAUAAAAUUAUUGGAAUCAGCAUAUGCAUUUUGAAUGGUUGGUAUCUGAUCUCUUAUGAGAGAAAAACAUUUUAUAAGGAACAUGCCAAGGCAGUUGCAUUUGCAAGAGUUCUGUUAUAAAAGCAUUGUCCAUGGAUUGACCAUGGUUUGAACACAGUUUAUGAAAUUUUCAAAACACUAUUGAAAAAAUUCAAAUGGCUAUUUAAAAGUUUGAAAAUGACACAAAUAGCGAAAUUAUACCAGUUUCAAAAUUUGCAAGAUUUUGUCUUUUCCAAAACUAUAUGGCACAAUAAUCUCCAAUGACUACCUAUGAUGUCACUUGAAAAAGUUUUGGAAUAUUCUGAAAAAGCCAAAUAACCGCUUUGAGACUACUUUUCCUCAUUUUCCUCUUAGACCAAAAAAUCUGUUCCUCCCUGAAAUCUUUGAUAUAGAUGGAUCAAUUUCCGCUUUGCUUCAAUCGCUUUCCGCUUAGCAACAAAAAACAUGACCACCAGAAUAUUCCUAGUGCAAAUGCGCAGUAUCGACAACUUUUUGCCGAACCAGGCUCCUUGAUAAACAUGGUCAAGACUCUGGUCGACAGAUGUCUCCAACAAGUUACGAGUUUUUGUGAUUUUAGAGUUUGUCCAAAAAGAGAUUAAAGAGAUUCUUGGAAUAAAUUGCUUAUUAUAGGGAGAUACAAGAUAUGAUAUUCCUUGGUUUGUUCCAGUGUUACACAGAUGGUUUAUUUGUUCUUGUGUUGGAUAAUAUUCACAUGGACUCCUCAACCUAGCUGGUAGUUUUGCUGCUCCAGAUAUCAUGUCAUCAAGCCUUUUUCUUCAUGUUUACUGGUGCAAAAUCAUUACAUCUUACAUCAGCAUAAGGAGAAACUGCUGAAAGAUAAAGGCAUCAUCGUUCUUUCACUGAUGCUGUUGUUACAGCUUUUCAUGAAAGUACCACUACCAAAGUGGUGCACUGGACUUGUUCCAUGGAACCCCAUAAAGAGGAUGGCUUCCACUUCCAUAUGCGUGUUCUUCUCAGCAAGAAUCAGCGCUGGCAGAAAGUGAAAAAUUUACCCAAAGACCGCUUUAGCAUUGUCGUAAAUUUUUCAGGUCAUUCUGGAUAUCAUACUGCCUUUGAGUAUGUCACAAAGAGGAUCCCAAUUUUAUGACCAGCUUGAAGCAUUCAAGAACAAUGCAAGAACCAAGAAUGCUAAAUGCAACGAAAGCCAACUGUAAAAAGGGGGAAAAGAAGUUGAAAGAAAAAAAGAAAAAGCUUACCAAUCUUCAGGUUGCAGAUUUGAUUAUUAAAUUCAAGAUGCAUACCAUGCUCCAGAAUACCCAACUAACUCCCUACCAACAGCAGCCUGCAAUAGCCUUGUUAUUGUAAUUAAGGGGGAGUUGUUGAUGAAUGAUAAUCUUGUAAUUAUAUUUGUUUGUUAAUAAUAUGGUGAAAAUUACAAAGUUGAGUUUUCCUUAACGUGAAGCUAAAUGAAACAUAAAGCUCUACCACAGUUUGGUGUAGGACCCGGUUUGUGCUAAUAAAUAGCCGACCGUUGAUCUCGUUUUUAAUGUCUCAAGCAUAACAAACUUUACAACGUAUUAACAAUCACCAGUGGUGUCCCUCCACGCUUUUUCCUUUAUUCAACUCCUUUAUUUAAAAAACCUUUAUUUAAACGACAUUACUUUUUCCUCCUAAGGUUUUGAAUUUCGUUUAUUUGCCGAUGAUAGCUGUCUCUUAUUUAGAGUCACCAGCUACCUCUGAUUUAAAAAAUAUUUCCAGUUGGCUCAUUGCUAAUAAACUUACUAUAAAUGAAAAAAAUCGAACUUUUUGAUUAUCUGUCCCAAGCAAAAGAAGUUCAAUAAAAAAAUAACAAUUUCUAUUAAUGACCAGUUUUGAGAAGAGAAAGAUUAUGGAAAAUAUCUAGGAGUCCUGAUUAAUAAAAAUCUAUCCUUAGCACCACACAUCCCACAAAUACAGCUAAAAAUAUAUAAAAAUAUUGGCAUUUUAGCGAAAAUGCUGCACAAUGUAACACAACAGAUAUUAAGAAACAAGUAUAAUGUCUUUAUUUUGACAAGUAAAAACGAUGGAUUGAUUAAUUGGGGAGCUUCAUGCACAUCCCAUUUAAAUACGUUAAAGAUCAAAAUGGUUGUUAGACUAAUAACAUUUAAGGGAAGCUGUCAUCACAGCAAACCUUUAUAUAAACAAUUAAAUACUCUAGAUUUUGAAAGUUGCUAAAAACUGGAAUGUGCCAAAUUAAUGUGUGAAAUAUCAAAUACGACACUGAUGACAUCAUCAUCAUCAAAGGCGUAGGCCUAGUGGCCCUUGGCACCUCUCACAAUGGCAGCCCAUUUGAGGCGAUCUUGAGCAUGCCUCAUGGCAGUUGCUAGUGGAAGACCAGUGUCUUUUCUAACCUGGUCUUGCCAUCUCAAAGGUGGUCUACCUCUACCCCAAUUUCCCUGAAAAUCUUGGAUAAAAAUAGACUUCAUGUAGUUGGACAAAGUUGACAAUCUCUUUAAACAAAUCAAAGCUGUACAUGACAGGAACACCCUCCAAGCCUUUUGCUGGUAACUUUUCCCAACCACUAGCAAUAACUGAUUAUGAACUAAUUAUGAAAUGUUUGCUAUUUUCAAAGCCAUUUUCGGGAACUAAUUAUAAAUCUAAACUGAUAUCUUCAAUGGGGGUUAAAAUCUGGAAUGCAACACCUACUUGAAAUAAGACGAGCACCUUCAAAAUAUAUUUUUUCUAAGAAAUACAAGAGCUGGCUAAUAAGCUCAUAUUAAUAAGGUGAAAACUUUACAUUUAAUGCAAAACUCGUCCUUUUUGUUAAGGACCUAGUUUUAAAUUGACUCACAAUUUUGUAAGAUUUAUGAUCUUGUUAUUCACUUAUGUUCUAUGCAUAGAAGUGGUAUGCCUUAAAUGAUUAAACAUUUUCAGCAAUUGUAAGAAAUAAAUGCAGGAAAUACCGUGAAAGGUAUUUCAUGUUUAUCUAAAGGACAUGGUUCUAACAAUUUUUUGCUCACUUCGCUCUUAGGGAGCCAUUUCCUUCAAUCACCUAAUUUUCCACCCAGGGCCAUAAAACCUUAUCAGUAGCCCUAAUUGUUACUUUUUCUAAUACCUUGUUGUAUUGUUGUAUUGUUCAGUUAGUUAGAUUAUAUGCACGCAACAAUUGGUGCACACCUCAAGAGGGUACCUGCUGCAUAACUACAAUGGAAAAAUGUGGCAUCUGGUGCACAGAAAACUAACUUUCAAUACCAGGCAAUCAGAGAAAAUUGAAGAUAAGUUUUAAACAACACAGCACACCAAGACCAUGAUUUGCAGCCAGACCAGCUUCCAUUGCUGGAAAACAAAAAUAACUUCAUUUUUUGUAAUUAUGAAACAAAAAGUAGUGUUCUGUGCAGUUCAGUUAAAUAUUUUAUAUUUUCGAAAUUCCUCUAAUUACAAUAUCUUGCUACAUCUACAGAACAACUAAUUACAAAAAAUUACAAGUCUCAUAAACAAAUUUAUGAUACCUGAAAUAAAUAAUAAGCAUGUAGCAAGAGCAGAUUUUGUAAGAAUAGAAUCUUUGGUUUGUUUACAUUUAGUUGACUAGCCAAUCAGAGAGCUCUAUUUCUAUUGCGUCAUCUGACAGUAAUGGCGGAAGGAGAUUUGCUGUGGAGAAAACCACACCUUCAGUUUUUCCUCAGGACGAAAAUAUUCUUAGGCUAAAACUCAAAAUUGUUUGCACCCUUAUAGAAAGAUAAAUACUACAUACAGUUUCAUUGGCACUGAGCUCUGCAUUUUCUGCUCUUCGUAUCAUCGAGAAAAUUAAUUUUUCUCCUGUCUGAGCACUUCUGGCCUGUUCUCUGAAUUUUCAAAGCCAGUUAAUUUACAGACCAGAUUGUACACAUUUUUAUCAUUGUAAAAUUUCCAACACCCUCUUGUCUGUGCUUUAGUCUUUUGCAAACUAACUAUAGCCAAUCAAUGAAUAAUCUUGAGCAUCCACGAUUGUAAAGCAACCAAUCGGCUUCUGAUAUCGUGGGUGCUUACUUUUGGCGGGAACACCCCCUAUUGUCAAACGUAGUUCAAAUUUUCAUUUAGGCAGGCGGAAGAAGCAUGUUGUAGUUCUUGUGUAGAAAUGGCGAUCGGCAGUCGAAACAGAAAUGAAGUGAUUUCUUUUGAAAUUUUAACAGAACAAAAGCAUGUGUAAUGAGGUGAGGCCUAUAUUUUAUUUUUGAAACUUGAUGCGAGAGAUCAAAUUAUAAACCUCUGCAUUUUAUAAUGAGAGCCCAGUCUGUACAGCAUGGCAGUUUUAGAGAAGGUCUUGUUCUUGCAAGAGCAAAAAAGAUGUGUGCAUGUAAAUUCUAUUGCGUGCACAUGUCACACUAUGCAGACUUGACGACAGCAAGUUAGAUUGUGCUUGAGACGCAGUCUUUUUAGAUUUUCUAUUUUAAAAUUGGAUAUUUGAGAGGAUUUCAGGAUGUUUAAUUGGAAGGUGAUAAAUCUUACAAUGUAAAGCUUACAUAAUAUGAAAACAUAAGAUGAAUAUCUUACAAAAUUAAUAAACAAUUGAACUUGAGAUAUUUUCACAUAAUCAAAGUUUUCUUGUAUGAUCUGGCCUACACCUUUCUUCAUCUUAAUUCUAAAAUAUAUGAUUUUAAAAUAUUUGGUACUUAAUUUGAAUUCCAAAAGUUUUGAAUAAGUAUUACAAAAGUAAUUGGUAGCAGAUAUUAGUGAGAGGUUUAGUAAGUGGUCAGGAUGGGGGACUGAUAGAACCAUUUUUUAUAACUUUCUAAGAUUUGGAUCGGGUUCUUAUUAUCAAGAAUAAGUUUUGAAACAUGCAUCCUGUUUGUGAGCAUCCUGUUUUUCUUUACCUUUUUUAUGCCAGGCAUAAUAAAUGAUUUCAAUCUAAGAUGCAUAUAAAUUUAAAAAAGGUUAUUUUAUCCAUAGACCCCUACAAUGCAACUUUCCAACUUGGUUUCCAUAAACGAUUUGAAAAACACGUUUUGUUGGUGUCAUCCACAAAAUAUUCAGAUGUUUAUGAAACUUCUAUGAAUCUCAAUUAAGGAGCCUAGGGCUCAGCCUUACAGACCUACUGAUUGCCAAGAAUAUUGUGACCUUUCCAAAAUCAUUAACCAGACAUUAGUACAUAAACUGACAAAAACAUUAAUGAUAUUUAUUGGAAGUAGCUGUAUUUUAAAAAAGUUUAAAAAGUAGUCAAUGAUGGAAGAAGAAAUCUAAUAUUUAUUGUCUUUAUUUAAGCCAAGAGAAUUGUUUCUUAAUAUCAUUUUGUUAUAUUUUAUGAAUCGGUUUCAUUUAAAAUAGCACAUUGCCAGAAGUUGAGAAAGUAAUUGUUUUAAAAUCAAUUAUUUAAAAAACAGGUAUUGACAGACCUUGCUCUUCAAAUGCCCAAAAGAAAUUCUAAUCAGCAUAAAUUUUGAAGGGCUUGGCACCAGCAACACAUUUUGGCGUGGCACCAGCCCCACCAAAAACUGAGCACCCUUCAAAUUUUUUCUGGAUUCGCCCCUGAUAAAUACACUCCCUCAUCAAAGUAUCUAGACAUUUCAACAAUUGAUUUUACUUUUGAACAAAAACAAAUUCAAAAAACAUAAUAGCUCUCAUGCUGUACAAUAUUAUUUGAUUUGAAAACCCGGUAAAUUGUACUAGGAAAAUGAAAGUGAAUUCUGAAAACAACGUUUUGAGCACCACUCGUUAUUAAGUUAUAGAGCAAAUUUAGAUUGGCAAAAACGACUCCUCAACUAAGUGAUAAUAAUGUUUUUGUGAAAUCUUUCCAAGAUUAACCAAGACGUUUAAAUGUUGCCAACCUUCUCCUCUUUUUGUCUGUUGUCAGUUUUUGUUAAAAUAUGAAACCUUUGCACUACAAGCUUCAAGCUACAAUUAAAAAUUAUGUUCAACCUCUUUUCAUCUGUUAUCAGUUUUUGUUAAAAUAUGAAACCUUUGCACUACAAGCUUUACACUACAAUUAAAAAUUUUGCUUAACAUUUAGUAACAUUUAACCAGAGAAUAGAUGUUCUUCAAAGCAAGCAUAUCCUUCAGUGCAGGGUCAUAAAGCUGCAUUCUUUACUGCUGCAAGUCUUGCUGAAAUUGAUCUGUACGAGGGUACAGUUGUAAUUCUUUAUCAUGUUUCUUGCAAUAUUUAUCAACAGAUUUUGAAAGUUACAAUUUUCAAUUUAUAAUUUUCUAUAAACAUUUUGUGCAAUUUUGCGUAAUGAAGCUAGCCAGUUUUGAUUAAAACUGGUUAGGGCAGAACGUUGUCCUCUUGUGUAGCAAGAGUUCCUGCUCAUUUUAACUGUGACAAAUUUUAAUGCUUCUUAUUUUUCCACUUCUUUUGCAAUUGUCUAAAGUAGCAGCUUUUGGGUAUUCAAUGAUGCCAGCAAUUUAAUGAUAGCUUUUUUGAAUUGUUGUGAUAAAGCAUUAUAUCUAGAGACUGCUUACGUGUUAACUCAUUUUUUUGCAAUGUCAUCAUCUUUAGGAAAACCCUCAAAAAGUUUGCUAACACAUCGAUAAGAUCAAAAUUUUUGAUGAAUAAAUAGCUCAAUGCCAAAGAAGCACAAGAAAGUUUGAGGAAGUUAAUAGAAAGGCUUUUAUGAAAAUUUCCUUUGAAAUUUUUUAAAUUGUUUUUCUAUGAACUGGUUUCCAACAAUCUUCAAAACUGACCAAUACUUUUGAGAAGGGAUUGUAGUGUAAAGUCAAAUGAACAAGAAUUUUAAAUGACCAUGAAAAUGCAGUGGGACAUGUGUCUUUAAUUUACCAUCUUCGUAUAACUGCGUAUUGGUUGCAAGUUUGUUGAGUUACUUCCUUUUAUUCGCUUUUCACUCUCCGGCCCCAUCAAAUUCUGGCUGGCCCCUCUCCCCUAAAGACCCUUUUUAAAAUAUUCCUUACUUCUGCUGGCAGUGCAAUUGAAGUCUGCUGUCGUGUUUAAUUGAGAAGCAUGUUUUAAUGGGUUUAGGGCCUAGUGCCUAGUUGUUGAAGGUUUGUUGAGGACGUGCAAAAAGGGAUGAAAAUAGUGAACGAUCACGUGAAGAACACAAAACGGAGAGCUUAGUGCCAAUAAAAUUAUAUGUAAAAUUUAUCGUUCUAUAAGGGUGCAAAAAUUUUGAGUAUAUUUUCGUCACAAGGAAAAAGUGAGGGAGUGGUUUUCUUCACAACAAACCUCUCCUUACUCAAUUACUGUCAGAUGACGCCAUAGAAAUAGAGCUCUCGGAUGGGCUAGUCAACUAAAUGUAAACAAACCCAAGUUCCUUUUGUUACAAAAUCUGCCCUUGCUUAAUCAUGCAAGAUUUUGAUUGCAGGGAAAUUUCUUUAGGAGGAGCUCUCUCAAUAGAUAAAGUAUUUGAGUAGAGAGCACCUUCUUUUCUUAGAUGGUUUUAAAUAAAAUUAAUUACUUACAUUAUAUUACCCAAAGAACAACAAAGUUCGCUUCAGAAUCAAAUUUGAUAGUGUGCAAGUAAAACAAAGUAGGAAACAGUGUAGAUUGAAGCAAAACCUGCACAAAAGAACUUGUGAUGAAAUUACAGGCCAAGUGGAUCCUAUACAAAGUGUUUUUAUGUAGAAGGUUUCAAGUUGGCCAAAAAUAAACUUGGAAGUUCCUUAUCUACAAUUCCUUUCAUAAAGGUUUUUGCUGUAGCCUGUGUUUUUCAUCAAGAACUGUACAAAUAUACCUACACCAGGUGGUCUAAUCGAAAAAGGAUUAAAUCUCUUUACUUUGUGGAAGAACUGUGUUAGUACUGGGAAAAGUUGAAAAUUCAGAUGAAUAAAAAGGAUACAAGACGCCAACUUGUUGUAUGUACACAUUUUUGUAGCAAACCAUCUACAAGAAAGUGUUGUUACCCCUUCCUGACAAUGACCAGCACAUCACAAGCCUGGCAAACAAUCAAAAUUUCAGGAUGUUAGUACUAUCACAGCACACCACAAGCCUGGCAAACAAUCAGAAUUUCAGGAUGUUAGAAUGCUUCCAACUGCCAAGAUCAUUACGUGAUAUUUGAACACGAGGUUCAAACUUCAUCAAACAGAUAGUCUAUAUCUUAAGCUCAAGAAAAAUAUAUUUUCAAGUAAUAAUUCAGCUGUCUUCAUUGUACAUUUCAAAGUUAUGAAAUUUGACAUUUCAGAAACUAAGAAACUCCUGUAGAAACUUUAGUGGAUCAUAUAUGGCCAAAGUGAGAAUCCCUGGGCAACCCUAAAGCCAAGUUUCUUUAAAAAUAAAUCAUAAUUUUUAAUUCUGAUCAUAACGAUUUUUUGUAUUUUGUUUUUAAGACACGUAUUUUGUUGCUUCUUUGUUUUGUAGAAUGGUUUGAUUGAAUUUUUCCUUUUUGAAUCUGUUUCCAUUUCAAUUAUUUGCAAGGCAUUUAGAUUCUAAAGUAUUGGUAUCUAACAAACAUGCUCUCUGUUGGUAGAGAUAUGCUAAAGAACAAACCAAAGAGAAAUUUGCAAUGAUUUGGAUUAAAUCCGAAACAAUUGGGCAUAUUUAGCAUCACUGUUCAUCUAGAAUUUAAAUGCAAGAAGAAAAAUAAAGUUAUGAAUUCAAUUCACAAUGAAGCUUCCUGUAAACAAAGUUGAAACUUCACAAGCUCGCUGAGUCCAGCAUAUCUCCAUAAGCUGUUUGGCCACCAUAAUCAGGUCUCUGUUGUGAUUAGUUCCGCCCAUUGAUAUGUCUCCUGCAUUGAGCAUUCUUAUCACCAAUGAUUGCAGAUGUCAAACUGUUCAUGCUGCUAGCAACACCCUAAAUGCUGUUCUCAAAACACUUCUCAGCUUAUUCAAUCUUCUCAAUUAACUUUCUCUUUAAUGCUAUAUCUUUCUUGUCAAUAUCAAGCAACUGUGCAGAGAUACGGUUUGUAAGUUUAGAGCUUCUGAGUGUCUGGCGAUGUUUGACUAGAGCCUUGUCCACACUACACAAACUAACCCAGGUUCACACCAGGUUCAAUUUAACCUAGGGCGAACCCUGCUUUGUCCACACUUGAUUUUCAUGUUUUGUAAUGUGGACACAAAGUCGGGGCGAGCCCAGGUUAGCUGAUGCUACGCAUGCGUAGUUAAAUUACAACAACAACAAAACAAAUUUUCCACAAACACGAUCAAGAUGGAAUUUGACAAAGUUGCAGUUUAUUGUAUUUUGUCCAAAAUAUUUUCCCUGGCAAUGCAGUUUAUUCGCAAGAAACAUCUAAUGGCGCGGCAGUCAAGAUUUAACAGAAUAUUGGCUGCAUCUCGCAAACUGGUUCAAGCAGAUCACAGAGGAGGAAGAAAUUCGAAGUAUGUCUAAAAUAAAGCAUCACUUUAGAGUGCAUUCAACCAGCAGACGUUGAAAGGAAAUACUGAUGUAAAACCCAAAGUGCUCGUAGCCACUUUCUUCUUCUAGGCGCUGUGCCAUCUUUUCGUAAACAUGUCUUUUCCUUGUACUGUUAUCCAACUGUUCUUGAAUCUUUUCGUCUCUCCAGAUAUGUCAUUAAGCUGAGAACCUCUUCGCGGCUCCAUGUUGAUCUACAAUUUUUUUUGCAAGUUUCCAUAUCUUCAUAUAUUCUAUUUUAUUUAUUUGAACCUUGCCUGGUGUUUGCAUGUAAAGUAUUUCCAUUUUUCGGCGCGCAAAAUGAAAACACAUUCAAAUAUGCGCAUGCAUUAAAAAAACUAGCCCAGGUUCGCCCCAGCUUUUGUGUCCACACUAGAAAUCCAGAACAGUAACUUGGGUUCGACCUCUGGAGAUGGGUUAAACUAACCCAAGGCGAACCCAGGUUAGUUGUGUCCACACUGCAAAAUCUAACCUGGGUUAGCUAAAACCUGGGGUGAACCUGGGUUAGUUUGUGUAGUGUGGACAGGGCUUAGAAUUCACCUAGCCUCACCCAUAUUUUUUGAGCUCCAUUUGAAAAUAAAGUUCCGAGUUGGUCUUAUCCUUCUGCACUGGAACUGGUAGACUCUACUGGCGUUAAACUUUAAUUGUCAUAGACCUCCUCUUGUGAAUCUCUUUCCAGCAAAGUGAUACUUUAACUCCCAUUCGAGGCAUUCGACAACUGGAGAUCCACUCCAAAUUUCAUGACAUUCAUCAUACAAGGCCAGCACUAUCCUGCUUCCUCCAAAUUUUUCAACUAUCAACCACAUUCCAAAAGUUGGCUUUGAUCUGCUAAUUUUAAGCCCUAACCAAAGGCUCUCAACAUUUCACUCGACAACACUCAACGCAUGCGCAAUUUGCAAUUUUUUAUUUUGCCCACCAAGUUUGUGUUUAUUUUGCUUUGUGAUAUCUUUGGAUUUCUGUUUUUUGUUUCGAAUAAUUUGAAAAUGGAAAGUUGCUGUCAAUUCGACCCAAGUUAUAAUGAACGUUCAGACAUAAACAAAGAAAGACAGAUCAAUGCUACCUUUUCAAACAGCGAGGAAGGGGAAUUUGAGGGCCUUGAUGUUGUUAAAGCCAAGAAAAUAUUAACGAUGCUAGCAGCAAAAAAUAAGACUCCCAAACGAAAAGCCCCUAAUUCAACUGAACAAAAAGGCGGAAAAGCGAGAACAAAUCUGCUCCCUAACAAAAAAGUGGUCACAUGCAGAUAUUUUGAAAUUGAUUAAUGUCUACAAAAACAAGCCUUGUCUUUGGGAUAUCACUAACAUUAUAUCAAUUGAGAGAUGUGAGUGAGCAAGCUCUGGAUGAAAUUGCAAUUGGACUGGACGCCACAAUUAGCGAAGUCAAGAGGAAAGUGUUUAACUGAAGGUCUUAGCAUGGAAGGGAGAAUGCCAAAAUUUGAAAGAUCAAAUCUAGACAAGCUACAAAUGUAAUGUCACAUUUUACAAGUGAGCUGCACACACACAAUUGGACAACAUGUCCAUUUAUCUAGCCAACCAUAGAGCUAUUAAAAAAGCAAGGAUUUAUCAGGCUCACCAUGCCAGCUAGAUGAAUCAUCAUCUUCAAAAGAAGAGCUGCCUAAAAUUCAAGUGUGGCAGCAAAAAACAACAAAAAGAAAUGAGCUGCUUGGUCAGUGCCUUUCUGCCUUAAAGAAACAAGAGACAGACGAGAAGGCAAAUCCUUUUGCAUCUUGUUUUGCUGAGAAACUUGAACGUUUAAGCCUAGCGCACACAGCAGAUUUUUGUCGCAAAAGACGAAGAUUUUUGUCUCAAAAGACGAAAAUCUGUAGUGUGCGGGGCAAAAUCGCAAAGAUUUUUGUCUUUUACGAUUAUCUUUGAGAUCAAAAAUGUUUGAUAUUUGUCUUUGUCUUUUACGACGAAAGACAAAAAUCGUGCAAUGCGGGGUCGAAAAAAGCGGGGUCGAAAGACAAGUUUUUAAUUUUUAAACCAAUAAAACUUGGAUUAUAUGGUCACGUGAAUUCUGUGGAGCCUUUCUUUCCCGCCAAAAGAAAAAAGAUCGAGAACGCCAUGGAGAAUACAGAAGACGAAGUCGGUAUAUGGACAGCAAGCAAAGAGGAGCAGCUUGUCGAUCUGUGGCAAGAAAAGGCUUGUCUGUAUAUGGUUACGUCUCCAGAAUAUUCAGACAGAAACAAGAAGCUAGCAGCCCUGAACGAAAUUGCAACUAAACUUUCUUCAAACGUGAAUCAAGUAAAAAAAAGAAUCGCAUCUCUGCGCACGCAAUAUGCACGCUCCCGCAGAAUCCCAAGCAGUGGAAGUGCACGACCAAAAAAGAUGAAGAAGACUCAAUGGAUAGAAGACCGCCUUCAAUUUUUAAGCCCAUAUGUAUCCAACAGAGUGUCUAUUUCUAAUUUGCAGUCUUCAACUGAAAGUUUAUCUGAGCCACAGCUUAACACUGGUGACAGUGACUGUGAUGGAGACUUGGACGACAAUGAUGCCCCUGCUGCAGAGACACCAGUUUCAACAAGCAGGCCACUGGCUGCUGUUAAAAAAUCCAAAACUGCAAAGCAGAAAAAGGAAGAGGAAGAACUCUCCAUUCUGAAGCCUCUUGCUUCAUCUUUCUCUGCAGAUGAAAAUUUAGCUGCAAAAAAGGAUGCAAAGCCAAGCCCUUCAGCUGCCUUUGGGGAAUACGUUACACAUGCUUUGUCUGUGAUGGAUGAGAAAACAAGACUUGUUGCAAUGAACAACAUUCAAAAUGCUCUUUUUCAGGCACAGAUGGGCUCUUUCUCGAAUGAAUUCAACAACCCAUAUCAUGCUGGUCAACAUGCUAGAAUGCAGUCUUUCAGGCAGUCACUUGACCAGCAAGAUAUGAGUGAAGGGCCAUCGUACGGACAAUUCUAAUCUUUAAAAUUCAUACAGUAUAUUGCUUUCACUGCACUCUUCAAUGUUAUGUGAGUUGGUUUUAAUUAGCACAUUAAAUAUUGUAUUGAAAACCAAAAAGUAGAAAACAAAAAAUGUUAUGUACCUUAAGAUAUCUAUCCUUAAGAUUCUGAUAAAUUGCAUCACAAGUUUCUGUCACUAUUGAUGAAAUUGUUCUUUCUCCAAGUCUAUAUGAAAAUCCCAGGCUGUGAAAUGACUCUCCUGUAAAGAUAUGCAACAUCUUAUUAUACCAAUCAAUAUCUAAAAUGAUAUGAUUACCUCAAUUUCUCCAUGUAAGAUUAUCAGAUUUAUGAUUGCAUUCAUUUUGAUGAUACUCAAUUCAAAAUGCUCAUUAUGAUUGGCAUUAAAGGUGAAAUGGUUUGUGAAAGAUAUCAAUUAGUAAGAAGUAUUGUCAUUAUUGUUAUUAAGUAUUGCUACGAACUCUGUAGAAGAAACAUUUAGAAUAUUUAAAGUUAUUUUUAUUAUUCACAAAUAUAUUUUUACUUUUCUCAUUUGUAUCCUAUAUUUUCUCUUUGAAUCAAGCUGGCAGACUAUUGUGAAAUCUCACCUGUUGCUAAGUAUCGUAGUGUGACUGCAAGUCUUUCUGCUGCACUAAUUGAUUUUCGCAUGUGAGUGUCUUUUCUUUGAAUCAUUGGUCUUACUUUGGCAAGAAGAGAUUUGAAAAGGUCUUCGUUGAGACGAAAAUAGCGUUGGUACAUAGGUUUAUCCUCCGAUGCUAACUCCUGAACAAGAUUCUGAUAUGCUCCCAGCUCAUUUCUACGCUCAAUCCAGGAUUUCACCCACAUUCGUCUCGCAAUUCGCCUCCUUCUUCGUCUUAUUAAAAGGAUAAUAGCCAACAGUGCUUUCUUUUUUGUCAAAUUCAUAACCUUUGUCAGUUUCUUGAGCAAUUUUAUUCGUGUUUGGAAUUUUAUUUUACGCGCCAAGAAGUUCAAACAAUGUGAAAAAGAGGUCACAAAACUUAAUCGAGGCACUAAUCCGAAAAAAAUCGUGCUGUGUGCGGGCAAUCAGUUUUUAUGAAAAAGACAAAAAUCUUCGUCUUUUGCGACAAAUAUCUGCUGUGUGCGCUAGGCUUUAAGCCCAAGGAACAGAGUUGUUGCUGAGAAAAAGAUUUCAGAUUUUUUUUCACAGUUGAAAUAGGUAUACAUGAGCAACCUAUGCCCACACUAAUUAGCUUCGAUCAUACACCUACCCAACAAGUUUAUGUCCCACCUAAAGAAGCCAACAAUCCUUCUUGUCAAUGGUGCAUAGCGGUGAAGAAAACAGCGUACUGUUUUGAAUGGUAAAACAUCUCAAUGGGAUGCUAUCGAAGCUGAAGUUCUGCAGGGUUCUUUCCUAGGUCACAAAAGUUACAGCAACACAAAAAUUCGUAAAGAUGAA